AUGCCCCCCAGAGCUGAGGAGAACCACGGGGCCACGGUCUCGUCCUACACCCUGAUCGUGGAGCUGCGCUGUCCACACCCACGGGCCUUCUCCUUAUUCCAGGCAACCUGGCCAGAGGUCUCUGCUAGCCAUGCAACCAUCUCCGAAUGCCUCGUGGACCAGAGUCGCGUGGUGGUCGGCGGUGCAGAGAGCGAGCAAAGCGUGCGCUCGCUGGAAACCGCGCGACAGCAGAAUCGCUUCGUGCGCCUCUACUUCAUCUGCAACGCCGCAGAGAGCAACAUCCAAGUCUUUUCGAACGCGGACCAGGCCCUCUGCUUGGGGACCCUCCCGGCAGGUGGCUCCACUCGAUGGGCCUUGGACCGCAAGGGCUUUCUCCUCCUGGCAAGCAACAGUCCUUCCUACAUGCCUGGCAGCAUCGAAAUCAAACGUGUGGAGCUUCAUCGGCGGCUCUUCAGUCAGCAGGAAGUUCAAGCGCAUGUUUCGCAGCGGUGGUCCUUCCGCGGGGCCGCACUCAGCGCUGCACUGCGGCGCUUCCGCGGGAAGCUGGCGCUCUCGUCCUUGGACAAGAAGCCGCAGCCUCUUUGGUGCGACCUCUCGUUUCUGGCUCAUUUCUGCGACGUGUUCAUGGACAUCAACAAUGGGAAGAUCUACAGAUCUCUGCAGAUCAUCUUGCUGGGCCUGGAGAAGCUGGCGGCAGAGAAGUCGUCGCUGCUUGGAGCCGCGGAGCAGGAUGCCGUGAAGAAGGUGACGUCUCUCUUUGAUGCAAGCUUGGAUCUCUUCCGGAAGUACGACCGGACAAGGGGCGAGGUCGACCCCUAUGAUGACUAUGCUGAGAUGCCAGGGCUUCUGCCAUUCCUGAAGAGGGUCACUACGGAGUUUCAAUGGAACACCGUGAGAGCUCCCUUCGCGAGAGGAAUUCCAGGUGAUGGCGGCCUGGCUGCAAUCGGACGACGCUCCCUGUGGCUCAAGGAACGGGUGGGCGAGGACAACUAUCGCAUUGCUGUCUUCGGCUUUGGGCCAAGCCGAGAAUACCAUCCGAAGACUGCGGCCGCACCUCCGAAGAUCAAGUUCCGGCCGAUCGUCCUGGAGAACCUUCCCAGGAGCAAGGCGCUCGAUGAAGCCUGGUGGGCCCUGCUGGUGGCAACAAACCUGCCCGAUGUGAAUGAGAACAAGACCAGCCCUCAGUUGACCUACGACUUCUUCUUGCCCUUCAUGGCCUCCGCCCCCCUGGAGCAAGUGAGGGAGGCCUCCGAGAAGAAGCCCGAAGGGGAGGAUCCGGCCUACGACUGGCGAUCGCCGGUCUACGGGCGCUCGCGGAACAACUUUCACAGAUGCCUGCUGGACGCCAUGCAUUAUCUUCUGCGCAGGUGCGGCCUCACGAAGCCGCGAACGAAGCUGGUGAAGUUCUGUCUCAGGAGCUCGCUGCUCGACCUGGCGGCCGGCGACGUGAAGGCUGUUCUGGAACUGAGCACGGCGGAUCGCACCUUGGUGCGGAUGCUCUGCCGCCAGCUGGCCUUCACCGCAGCAAAGCUCUCCACUCAACAGGAGGGUGGUCGACCACUGCUUGGCCUGGAUGCGCUCAGCGCCGUGAGGAAGCAGGUGGACGAGGUCGAGACCAAGUUGAUGCAGAAGACGAGUAGCGAGGACAGCUCCACAAAGCCUCCGCUCCUGGACCUGGCCACAGGGAAGGGGACUCCGCACGCCACGAAGGCCGCGACUCCGGCGCCACCCGUGGACGACGCCAGCGGCAUCUUCCCCCUCUUCGAGCGUCUCCUCCGUGAGGAGCUUGAUGGCAAGGAAGGCAGCGCGAUUGACAUGACCCAGCUGCCGCCAGUCAACUUCGACCUUCUUCCCAGCAAGGUGACAAGUAUGCCCGAGGCCUUGGCUGCGCUGAAGAUUGCUGACCAACUCCUGGCACAGUUAGACAACUUGAGUGGAAACCUUCGGUUUGCACACUUCCUGAAGAUCGCCUUGGUUCAGCACACCUUCACCCGCCUGUUGCCGGUCCCCUUGGGGCCGAUCUCUCUUGCGCGGGUCGGUGCGAAAGAUGAUGUUUGGGGCACCGCCGCCACCCCCGAGCAGCAGGUUGAUACAGCUCUGGUGGUCAAGCGCAUCGCGCAGCACUUCUCGAUGAGUUGCGGGGCCACCUUUGGACAUCGCGGCUUCGAUGGGACGCGCGCCAUCAUCUUGGGGGCGAUGGUCACUCUAUUGGACCGGCUCCUGCGUCAAUCGGGCAGCUCCACGUCAAGCAAAGCCAUGAUGGGACGCUUGGAUGAUGAGAAGGAAGAAGAAACGCGCUUCUUGGUCUCCUGGGAAGUCUUCGCCAAGCAGUCGGAGACCUUCUUGCUGUUCUCUCCUGACUUGAAUGUCACACGCGCGCGAACCCUUGCCUACUUCCAGGAGGUUGAGCAGGAAGCUCAAGAACAGGGAGCAAAGAUGAAGCACAUCUUCCGGUGGGAGAAGGAUGGCUGGGUCAUGGAGUUUCCCGACCAGGGCGCCGAGGCCCUGGCGGCGAAGAUGGCGAAGAGCCUCUAUCGGAGGCGCAUCACCCUCAUCGACAGCUAUCUAGACAGCUACUUUCCCGAGUUCGCCGCGUACCGCGAUGUUUGCAUGUGGUGGAAGUACUAUCUCUGCACCGACCCAAGUGUCUUCCGCUUCCAGCCAUUGGAGUUCUCGGAUGGGCACUUGCAGUGGGUCAUCGACGUGCACCCGCGGUGGCAGAAGCGCUGCUACAUCGUGAAGUCCUUUGGCCAGGGAAACCAGGCAAAGAUGCUCUUCCAGAAGAUGGAAAAACCAGCCUGGGCCUUGGGUUUAGCGUUGUUUGGUUGA